AUGGAUGUAGACUUCGAUGAUAAUGACAUCUCCUUUUCACCCGAUGUGCUUAAACGGUUGAAAAAAAUCAAGCCAUCAGCAUUUUCGUCCUCAUGGAGUUCCAUUCAAGGCGUACAACCGGUUGUGUUGAACCAUCGCCCUGCUCAAGCAUAUGACAUUCCAAUAUAUCUCUAUCAUCAUAUAUUUAGUGAUUUCAUGGCUCUGUGUGAGUCAUGCCAAGUAGAUGUUCAAGAUGAAAAGUUUGCUGUUGAUAUUUCCGUGGAAAUGUGCAAAGCCUUUGACAAUGAGGACAAGCGGAAGAUGGCAUUUAUUGAUAUUAUACGAAACUAUCCAAGUAAAUAUAGCUUUAAUGCCAACAAGGUAGGUGCAUACGAGACUGAUGGACAUAGAACGGUGACCGUUGAGGGCGAAGAUAUAAUCUUAGCUAUCUUAGAAGUCAAAUCCGAAUUUGGAAAGGGCCAUGGGUGUGCGUUUGUUCAAGCUACUGCAUACUAUUCACAGCACGUGGUGGAUGCAAGCGAAAAUCAACUCAAGCAUUAUCAGAAAACUUUUUGCCCGUGUUUAUUUUAUAUCUGGCAGAAACUGUCUGCAUCAGACAAUAAUGAUCGUCGAGCGGCUGUUUUUCCAUAUGUCCGAGUCUUCCACAGUCUUGGGUCAUCUAGUAGUCCUAUGUCAUUCACUUACAUACAACGUCUUACUGAUAAAAGACCACUCUAUGUAGCAAAGCUUUCAAAUACAGCAGAUCGUCUGGAUGUUGAUGACAAAGCAGGGGUAAAAGAUAAUGUGAUUACAGUGAUGAACUCGUUCCACGAGUUGGGAUAUGUACAUGGCGAUUUGAGGGGCGAAAAUAUUAUGAUUGCAAAUGAUGGACGAGUAAAGAUCGUAGAUUUUGAUUGGGCCGGAUCAGCAGGUCAGAUUGAGUAUCCUCAUUUUAUGAACCCACAAAUUCGGUGGCACAGCAAUGCUCAACCAGCUAAACCUAUACAGACUGAACACGAUAAAUAUCUGCUCGACAGCUACUUUAUAUUACAGUAUAUGUUAGGGCUAACACGUACAAUUAGUGAUUUAAAAAUUAGCUAA